GGAGAACACUGGAUAUACUAGACCUUGGACGCAUUACCAGUCGACGCUCAAUCAAAUAACAACAACAUGGCCAAUUGCGGAGAAUCUCAGGUUGCCAUCAGUAACUCCACAUGGAGUCCCGAGUUCAUCCAGGAGCUUCUCCCGUCUGCGCAGCGAACGGCGCUCCUCUAUAAUCUGUCAUUCCUGUGUCUGGGAGGAUUCCCGAAGCUGGAGCGUCUGAUCCGAGAACAAGCUAUUGACACACAAAUGCUGUUCGGAUCCUCUGAGGCUCUUCUGCUGAAGUGUGUCGGCACGAGUUCCAACCUGGUCACUUCCCUGUUCCCGAUGCUGAUCAGUGCUGUUGAGAAGAACAAACCCGUUCUUGCUGUGAAAUACCUGGAGAAAGCCAGAGCAUGGAUCAAUGACAUUAUCAAGGCUGUGGAAGCGAUUGUGACGAGGUAUGAUCAACAAACCCGAAGUGUGAAAACAUGCACCAGUGACGUGUUUCAAGAACAGAAAGACACCGAAGACAAAAUAACGAAACAGACUGAUGAGAUGAAGGGUCUGGAGAACGCUCUGGCCGAUCUUGAAACAGAGCUGAGAAAUACUUGCAGAAAUAUGGAGGAAAUUGACAGGAGAUAUCGAGACAAAAACCAAGAGCUGCAGAAUAACAUCAGACACUACGAAAAAAACAAACAAUGUUCUUGGUUUCUCAGAGCCUUUGUACCGUUUUUUGCAGUCCAUCAAGACUGCUCGAACUUGCCCGGUAUCGCAGCUAAACAAGCCGAGCUGGCCCACAUCGACUCUGAAAAGAACGGUCUUCGAAACACCGAGUGGAACAUUAAAGUCCAGCAGACCGAUCUUCAGCUGAAGUUGGCCAACUCCAAAAUAAAGCUGGGUGCGAUUCCCAAUCCUGUGCACCUGAAGGAAGUCCAGCGGUGCCUUGAUCAAAUCCGACAAAUUCUGGUUGAUCUUAAAAAGUUCUGGGAGAAAGUGGGUGUCAUGCUGGACACGCUGAAAGAGAAGACCUUUGUUGGGGAGGAUCUGAUUGAAAUGUGUGAAAUGAAAGAUGAGUUUAUCAGCUCCAUCGAAGAAGCAGGAAAGUACUGGAAGAGAUUUGGGGAUUGCUGUCAGAGAGCACAGGGCAUCUUCAGCGUUCAGUCUAAGGACGCUUAUAAAUUCCUGGAGAUCAAUCCGUCUUCACUCUCAGAAGAUGAAAGGAAAGCGCUGUAUAAGUCUAUCAUGGAGAGGCUGAAGAAGAUCGAUCCUCAUGGAUCAUCCCAAACCGCCAUCAAUAAGUGACAUACAGAGAUCUGAUGCUUCCUUUCACACUUUUAAAACGCAUAUGCCUAUUAAUGCAUACAACUUAUCAAUUUUGAAGUCUUUACAACUGCUCUUGCACAUGUUCAAUCAAUGCUCUACAUAAAUACUCUGUAGUUGGGAAUAGCCUAUUUCUAUCUCAAAUUGUAUGACUAUCUCUGUUAAAAUUGCUUUGCAUUUCAUUAUGGUUUAUAAAUCUUGUGAUCUGGUCACAUGACUAAUGUCUGUCACACAAUAAAGACAAAAUACAUUUCACUGAG